GUCACUUCCUGCGCGGCAGACUGAAUAAGCCAGAACAAUUUGUCAACUAGCAUCUGAGGAGUUUAAUCCGUUUCGUGUUGUAAAAUCGCAUCUCGAGUUCUUAGAUUACACUUAAAUCGAUCACACCGUGUAUGAAUGAAGACAUAUAUAUGUCUAACGUCAGUGUGAUGCUCGUGCGAUAUUUUGUUUCAGUUUUUUACUGUUGCUGCCUGGGUUAGCUUCAUUAGCUGCGUUAGCAGAACAUGCUGAAGUGUGUAUCCAAGCUUUAGCUAAACGUAAUUGUAGUACAUUGUUGAAGUACUUCAUAUGCGUCUAGAUGGGUAAGUCCUUAGUCAAAAAUAAGGUGUUUUCUGUAGAUCUGGACUUAGCUGGUGACACCUAAAUUAGCAAAUAACUGGAGCAGCAAACAGGCGUUAGCAGCAGAACACUUCAUCAUUAUGUCUAAUCAGCUGACUGCAGAGCAACAGCGAAUGAUUGAGGAGAACAGGCGAAAGGCUUUAGAGAGAAGAGCCCAAAGACUUGGAUUAGCAAACAGCACAAACGGACCGAGGCCAGCCUACAAGAGCGGACCUCAGCCCCCCAGACCGAGCACUGCAGCGGCUCCUUCCAGCCUCAGUCAUCACAGCGAACCACCAGGCCCUGUUUCUGCACCCAAACGGCCCACAUUUGUUCCACCUUUCAAGAAAAUAGUUUCACAGGGCUCUGAGAAUCAACUCAAAAUCCCAGAGCCGCAACAGAUACCUGCCAGACAGAACCAAAUCAGGAGUACAUCUUGUAAUUCUGUAUCUCCCAGACAGAUACAAGUUAUUGAUGCCCUUCCUCAGGCUAAAGGUCAACAUGUUAGUGCACCUGUCUUGCCCACAGGAGGAACUUUUGAUGCAAAGCCGGCUCAGCUCCGACCUAAUAACUUUCCCUCCAGCAGCUCAGUAGGUGAUGCUGGCUCUUUCUACAAGCAGCCUAGUAAAUCUUCCCCAAAUCCCCUGGCAAGACCUCCCCCCAACUCCUCAACUUUAAACUCUGUACCUGCAAAAAAACCUGCCAUUGCUGUAAGAGGAAAAUGUGUACCUCACACAGAGGAUCGCUUCAGAGUAGAAGUGGGUUAUCAUGCAGAACUAAUUUCUGUAUUCAAAUCCAUCCCUUCUAAAAACUUUGACCCUGCCACAAAGAUGUGGAACUUCAGUUUGACUGACUAUCAACAACUAAUGCAGGACGCAGCUGCCAUUGCCUCUGUGUCUUUGAGGCCACUUGCGGGGUUUGAGGCUCUGGAUGUUCAAGCAGCCACCAGCCAAGCUCGUGACAGUGCAGCACUGGGAGCACUGCUGAAGCUGUGCAAUGGCUGGCAGAAACCUGGAGCCAUUCUGCAGGGCCAGUGCAUCCUAAUAUCGCCUUCAAAGUUUGAGGUCGAUGUUGGUUACCAUGUGGAUGUCAUUGCAGCAUUUAAGCAAAUGCCAACAAAGAACUAUGAUAUGAAAACAAGAAAGUGGAGCUUUUCCCUUGAGGAUUACAAAAGACUAAUGGAUCUUCUCAGUGGGAUAGCAGCAGUGGAGGUGGAGCCUCUGCCCAGGGCAAUAGUCCAGGGUUUCUCUGCCAGGUUCGACGGGCCUCAAGCCAGGUCUUUAGACGUCCCAGAAGCAGACCUUUCCAGCAUCGAUCCGUCGCUUACCAACAGCCUCAUGCCCUUCCAGAGGGAGGGAGUCAAUUUUGCAGUGUCGAAACAAGGUCGACUCCUCCUGGCUGAUGACAUGGGUUUAGGAAAAACGGUACAGGCCAUCUGCAUAGCGGCCUUCUACAGGGAUGAAUGGCCUUUGUUGGUGGUGGCUCCUUCCUCUGUAAGAUUCACCUGGGCAGAGGCCUUCAGACGCUGGCUCCCCUCUUUGAGCCCUGACAGCAUCAACGUGGUGGUGAAAGCCAAAGACAAUCUGCGGGCUGGUUUGGUCAAUAUUAUCAGCUAUGACCUUCUGAGUCGCACGGAAAAGCAGCAGCAGCCAGGAAAUCCCUUCAAGGUUCUCAUUAUGGAUGAGUCUCACUUUCUGAAGAAUAUUAAAACGGCUCGUUGUAAAGCAGCUUUGCCUCUGCUGAAGGCAGCAAAGAGAGUGAUUCUUCUGUCCGGGACCCCUGCCAUGUCCAGACCCGCUGAGCUUUACACUCAGAUUCUGGCUGUCAGACCUACACUCUUCCCACGGUUUCAUGACUUCGGGAUCCGCUACUGUGAUGCCAAACAGAUGACCUGGGGAUGGGACUAUUCAGGCUCAUCGAAUCUGGGAGAGUUAAAACUUCUGCUGGAGGAAUGUCUGAUGCUGCGCCGUCUCAAGUCAGACGUCCUCUCCCAGCUUCCCGCUAAACAGCGCAAGGUGGUGACAAUAACCAUAGACGGCAUUAACACUCGUACGAAAGCUGCUCUGUCGGCUGCAGCGAAGGAGUUGGCCAAAGGACACCGCAAUAAAAUAGAGGAGAAGGAAGCCCUCCUCGUCUUUUAUAACUACACCGCUGAAGCCAAGCUACAAGCCAUUAUGGAGUACAUCACAGAUAUGUUGGAGUGUGGGAGGGAGAAGUUUCUGGUGUUUGCCCAUCAUAAGUUAGUUCUGGAUCAUAUCACCAGGGAACUGGGAAAAAAGAACGUCAGUUACAUUCGUAUCGAUGGGGCAACUCCAUCGGCCGAGCGGCAGCAGCUGUGUGAGAAGUUCCAGUACUCGACUAAGGCCCAUGUGGCCGUUCUGUCCAUCACUGCUGCCAACAUGGGCCUCACCCUGCACUCAGCCGACUUGGUGAUCUUCGCAGAGCUCUUCUGGAACCCUGGGGUUCUCAUUCAGGCAGAGGACAGAGUGCAUCGCAUUGGACAGACCUGCAAUGUGAACAUUCACUACCUGGUUGCCAAGGGAACUGCUGAUGACCACCUUUGGCCAAUGAUCCAGGCCAAAAUGAAUGUCUUGGAGCAGGUUGGUCUGUCUGAGUCAAACCUCUCAGACAAUGCAGUCAAUUCAAGCUUCCACUCCAAGGACCCUAAUCAGAGGAGCAUCAUGGAAAUGUUCCAGAGAUCUUUUUCUGACGACGACAUGGACGAGGCUGUUUUAUUGGAGGCUGCUAAUGACUGGGAGGACACACCACCUGAUAAAAGCUCCAGCCAACACCAUGCUAUGGUUGCACAAAGUCCCAGCAAAAGAAGUAUUAAAGACUAUUUCAGUCUAUGAAAUACUUCAGUGUCAACAACACAGAAGUGUGUGUUUGUGUGUGAUCUAACUGGGUUUGUUCUUAGCUUUUGGCCUAUCAUGACUGAUGUGAUCACUUAUUUUGAUUUUAACAGAAGCUUUGGUUAUUUUUAAAAGAUGUAAAAUAAUACUCAAAUAAAUGUAUAUCUUAUCCAGACCAGA